AAGUUCCCAUUCCUGUGUUUCCACACCGGCCAUGCCGCUCAGUCUGAACUCUCGCCCAUUCCGCCAUGUCCACGACAAUGGCGACCACAACAGAACACAAGCCUCGCCCUUUUUCCAUCGAUUUUAGCUUGGAGUUGGAACGUCAGCUCGAAAGCGAAUCUCUUCCUUCUUCUCCUGCUCAUAAUGCAGAUGCACAUCCACACAGAGAUUCCCUCGACCCCACCGUUCUCGCUCAUAUCAUCAUGCAGUUGCGUCAAUCUCUUGCGGACAUGACCAAGGAAAGAGACGAUCUUUUGGUUCUCGUUGCUUCUGCUCACUCGAAAGAGGCCGAACUCAACGAUGCAUUACAAGACAUGACCGACAAGGCCACGGGGAUGAAAGAGGAAUUAUCCGAAGCUCGCAAGAAGCUGAGGGACGACGAGGAGGCAAUCAACUUACUUCGUAGUAAAGUGGAGGAGAGCCGGCGUGGUUUGAUGCGGCUGCAAACGGAGAACCGCAGACACAGCGUUCAGCCUCUAGAUAUGUCUCGGGCAGGUAUUUCGCUGCCUUUUGGCAGCCCUCCAUCUUCCAAAAGAGCAUCGUUCACUCCUCUAACCGGAAAUCCCAACGCACGGACCAAUGGCCAUAAACGCCUAUCGUCGGUCUCUGAUACCUCUUCAAUAAUAGAUCACGAUGCCAACGGACAGGUUAUCACCCUGACCGAACCUUCGCCAGCUUCAUCCAGAUUGUCAGGUUUCUUCGGUCGAUCGUCUCCUCCACGAGAAUCGAAUUCACCAUUAACGUCUGAGAUGGAGGUCCUGAGGAGGGAGCUGGCUUCGGUCAAGGGGUCUCUGGAGGAGACGCGUGCCGAACUUUCAGAGGUCACCGAAGCCAGGGAAGCCUCGGAAACUUGCGUGAAGGCACUCCGUGAUUUCAUCACUGAGAAUAAUAUCGGGAGCGGCAAGGUGGAAACAGCAGCGGUGUCCGGGCAGUUGGACAGCCCCACGAACAAGAAGCAGGGUGGGUGGGGGUUCGGAUUGUGGAAAGUCGAUACCUCAGUAGAUGGUGUCGCUGCCGCAAACACUAGCACCUCAACAAACGUUACACCGACCACAGCCACCCCGCUCUCACGAAAGAUUGGCGGACUCUUCACCCGACAGCCCAGUAUUUCCUCAAAUGAAUCAAUCACACGCCAGAGUACCGAUCUACGGUCUGACACGUCUUCUAUGCAGGACGUGCAUAGCUGAAAGGAUGAAGAGUUACAUGAUUUACGACUCGAUAAUGAGAUGCACCAUGACAUACAUACCACAUCCAUACUUAUCAUAUAUUCCCUAAUCAUGAUCACUUCGUACGGUAACUCAUGAGUUGUUGUACAUUUUAGUUGGCCAUAGGCCUUCAGUUUGAUCACUUACUGUAGUUCCUCGGUCAAGUUGAUAACGAGCUUUAGCACGAUUUUUUUGGAAGCCACUCUCGAAUCCUAUUACCUUCACUUUGAUCUUUGAGUACACACUCGUUCGGAAAACAUUCUGAGCUCAGGAGGUCACAAUUGCUCGUCAACACGUC